AUGACUAGAGCUAAAAUAGAACUCGGCGAUGUGACACCGCAUAAUAUUAAGCAAUUAAAGAAGUUGAAUACAGUAGUAUUCCCAGUGUCCUACAACGACAAAUUUUAUAAAGAUGUUUUGGAAGCUGGUGAAUUAGCUAAGCUGGCCUAUUAUAACGAUAUUGUGGUUGGGGCUGUUUGUUGUAGAAUAGAUACAUCAGAUAACUCUAGAAGAUUGUAUAUAAUGACCUUAGGUUGUCUAUAUCCCUACAGAAGACUUGGUAUAGGCACUUUGAUGGUGGAACAUGUGCUCAAGUAUGUUGAACAGGAUGGCAAUUUUGAUAGUAUUUUCUUACAUGUUCAGGUCAAUAAUGAGGGUGCGAUAGACUUUUAUAAGAAGUUUGGUUUUGAAAUUGUCGAAACAAAAGAACACUACUACAAACGGAUAGAGCCGGCAGAUGCUCAUGUCUUACAGAAAACCAUAAGACAACCACAGUAUACAACACUGUAUAACGGGACUGUACCCCAUGCGAAAACAAACGGUCAUGACUGA